AUGGCCGUGGGCCUCAACAAGGGCCACAAGGUGACCAGGAACGUGAGCAACAAGCCGAGGCACAGCCGCCGCCGCGGGCGCCUCACCAAGCACACCAAGUUCCAGCGGGACAUGAUCCGGGAGGUGUGCGGCUUUGCCCCCUAUGAGCGGCGCGCCAUGGAGCUGCUCAAGGUCUCCAAGGACAAACGGGCUCUCAAGUUCAUCAAGAAGAGGGUCGGGACACACAUCCGUGCCAAGAGGAAGCGAGAGGAGCUGAGCAACGUCCCGCCGCCAUGAGGAAGGCAGCUGCCAAGAAGG